CCCCCUCAAUAAAAGAGAUUGGGUUCUAUAAAAAGACGAAGCAACAUUUGAUUUGUUUUAAAUUAAAAUAAAAUAAAAAGUAAAUUAUUGUUCAAUAUGGCUGCACGCUUUGACGCCCUGAAGACGAAACAUCAACUCUUUCACGUAUCUAUUAGUUUGGGCGUUAUAUUAAUAUGUAUGACCUACAUGCAAUACCGAAGAAAUUGGACAGUUUUGGGCAGCUUCUGGGACUCAUUGAUCAUUCCAAUUGUAUUUAUCGGCGAAAUGUUGAAAGUUAUUCUGUGUUUCUACUAUGGCCGGCUUGAGGAUUCAACCUUGACGCAAAAACAAAAACAGCGAAAAGCAUCAUAUUUUACCCCCAAAGACUUGGCCUACGGCCUAUUAUUACAAUUUGUUUGCACCAUGCUCUAUUGUUUUAUAUGUAUAAUUUUGGGUGCUCCUGUCCUUCAGAGUUAUGAGCAAACUUUUGUACUCUCUCUACUUUUAACAUUGCUGUCGGUUUCGCCAACGGUAUUCCUUUUGGGUGGAGGUGGAGCAUUGCAAGUGUGCUUUUGUGAAAAGCCUGACUUCUUAACUAAAACGGAGGAAACCGCUUUGAAUCUAUUCAAAUACAAUGCAUUGGGAGGCAUUUUGGGUGCUUGGGCUGGUUCCAUUGUAUCGCCAUUGGAUUGGGAUCGCGAAUGGCAAACAUAUCCCAUACCUAAUGUGGUGGGAGCUCUUAUGGGAAGUGCUAUUUUUAAUAUAGUGGCCUGUACUCGUGUCCUAUAUGCUACAUUCAAAGUGUACAUGAGCAAAAAGCGAUCAUAAAUGAAGGUUUAUGACUAAGCUCAUCUAUUUUUCGGUGUGUUAACUUCGAUUUUACUUUGAAACUUCUAGUCAUUGCAUUUAUAAACUUAUGAUGAACCGGGUUUUUGCAAAAGUUGGAACAUAAGAAUCAAUCCUCUAAAAUCACAACCACUACCAAAGACAGCACAAAGUCUGGCAUUCUAAUUAUAAUUUAUAUAUUUCGAUAAAAGACUCAAAAUUAUUUUUAAAUAACUAUUUCCUUAAAUUUAGUUCCAAAAAUUUUAUUGUAUGUACCUUUUGGUUUUCCUAUGCCGAUACCAACCACAGAUAUUGCAAAAAUAUUCGAUUUCAAUAAUAAUAAAUAGAAAAUUA